AUGGCCGUCCUACCGAUUAUCACGUCGAUCGGGCCGCUUCCCGGCGUGCACUGCAGCGUCGUCGUGGUUCUUCGUCCCGGCGACUUGCUGAUGGACGCCGGUGUCGAGAGCCGCACCUCGUUCCGCCACUUGGACCCUAAGACGGCAAAUCGCCUGCAUUUCUCUGAGGCGCUAGCCGUGUUGAGAGAGUGUGAAACCCUGCUCAAGUCACGUGCACCGGCGACUGCUGAAAACCCGAGGUCGCAGGGGUUGAAGGCACUCAAGUCGGUGCUGGUGGAUUACGUCAAGAGAUGCGUCGUUGAGCGGCGGGCGGCGCCGGCCAAUCAUCCUGUAGGGCCGAGUACCUCCCCCCUGGACGACGACGGGGUCGAAACAAAGGCGGCCGUGACUCGCCCGGCGGAUUCUGGCGCGCACGACAUUAGAACAAGGGGGCAUGAUGGCGGCGGUGAUGUGGCCGACUUGGUUGGAGGAGAGGAGCGGAGGGCAGGGUCCGAUGAGGAGUCAGUAGAUGUGUCUGACCGGUCGGCCGCAGAUUCCGAUACUGGGUCCUCCUCAGGCUCCUCCUCCUCCGAGGAGGAGGAGGAGGAGGAGGAGGAGGAGGAGGAGGAGGAGGAGGCAGCGGCGGACAAGGCGGCUCAUGGCGAAGAGGUGGAGACCGAGGCCGGUGUUUUGGUAUUGGACGUGCAGGACCGUGGCGAGCCUGCCGUCGUGACGAAUCUCGCCGAAGCGGGUGCUGGCCGUGCCCUGAUGUCGACCGGCGGUGCCGGCGUAAAUGUGGCGUCGGCAUGCAAUGAAGGGGGGGGGCAGGAUCAUAAGAAGGUGCAGGCGCAUGGUCAUCUGGCAUCGAGCGCGUCAGCCAAGUCGGCGUCGGCAGCCGCGCUUGAUCGCGUGAAGCGACUGGAAGAGGAGAACAGGAAACUCAGAGACGAGAAUGCAGGAUUGCGGUCGGAGCUGGUUGCCGAGAGGGGUCGGAAGGAGGGGUUGUUGGCGACUGCGGCUGAAUGCCUCGCGGCUGUCAAGUCGCUGACCGAACGCGUCGACGCCGCCGAACAGACCGCGGGGACACACAUCUCCAAAGCCACAGCGGCCAUGACCGGCGUCUUCACCAAGGUGCUGGACGAUCGGGUGGCUCUGGUCAACACGUGCAGCAGCAUGGCGACGCCGUUGAUGGGAGAAAUCAGAUCGGGCUUGGAGAAGCUGACAGUCGCCCGCUUUGAUGCCGACGUGCGGUUGGGGAACCACAUGACCAGCGUGGGGGAGAACGUGAAGGCGGUGUUAGCCGAUUACAUCCAGACCAAGUUAGCAGCAGCUUCCACCUGUCAACAGGACUAA